UCGCGGGAAAAGAAGAUGGCUACUGAAAGUGAAAUUUUGUCUAAAAUAGAAGAGUUAGUUUACGACGAGGGUCGUAUAGUUUCAUAUAAGACUCUUAGUAGAAUUCUGUCUAUCCAUGUAAACACAGCAAAGCAUUCAUUAGCAAUUUUUCUAAAAAAAGUGAACAGCGAGAAAGUCUAUGCUUGUUAUCUGUUGGCUGGCUCACAGAACUUGGGUUCGGGAGAUGAGAUUCAUAAAAUUGCCAUUGUACCAGAGGACAGGCUAGAAAAAGCCAAGAAAACUUUUGCUUGUUUGACAAGCAUUCAUAUAUAUAGUGUACAAAAAACUAACCUGAAGGACUCCAGUCCUCUGUUUACUACUGAUGUUUGUGAUAAUUUCAAAGAUGGAGAGCUUGAUCAGAGGCUUUGUGGAAUAAGGCCUUUUAAACCAUUAGAAAAUCAGUCUUGGGCAGAGAGGGUUGUACAGUUAAGCCCAUCUUCAUCACAAAAUGACAGAAAUGCAUCUUCAGCUAAACCAAAGUCUGUAGGUGAAAGUAACAGUCUAGAUAUUGAAAGUGAAACAGAAAACAAUGAAAGGAAGAAUGAAAAGCUUGAAAAGAAAGCAACAGAAGAAAAAUUCAGGGAGAAAGAAGUUAACAUUAGAGAACAGAAUAAAAAGCAAGAAAAAAAGAAACUUCAGUCAAAGUCUACUCCUCAGCUGAAACAGAAACAAGCAAAUGUUAUGUCACUCUUCAGUAAACAAACACAAAAAUCCAAAAAUUCCAGUCCUAUAAAUUCCAAUUCUCAAGAUAAAAUGGAAUCUUCAUCUGAUUCAGUGGUGCCAGUACAAGAGAUAAACAUAGGAAAAGAACAUGAAAUGUCCAUUGUUAGCAAACCAAACAAGAACAGCCAUAUGAUAAAUAAACAGAAGGAACCACCAAAGUCUAACAUUAGAAAGAAGACCAGCCGAACUGCAAAUGAAUCAGAUGAAGAACUUCAACCACAAGUGAAAAAACAUAGGCGAAUUGUACAAAUGUUAGACUCAGAUAGUGAAUCCAGUGAUGAAGAGAGUGAAAGUGAGGAGAUCAUCCCACCAACUCCUUUUGAACCUGAAGAUAAUGUGGAAAACAAAGAAGAGAAGGACAAUGUAUCUAGCGAUUCAGAAGAGCCAAUUCCUCCAACACCAACAGAUAACAAGAGAAAACACGUCAAAGUUGUAACCAGAACAUUUGCUGGUGACGAUGGUUUUAUGGUAACAAAAAAAGAUAAAGAAUAUGUUAGCGACCCAGAGGAUCAAGAAGAAAAACGUUUAUCUCCAAAAACAAAUCAAGGAAAAAAACCCAUCAAGAAAACAAGUGAUGAAAACUCAAAGAAUUUAACAGGGCCAAAGAAACAAGUUUCAUUAAUGAACUUUUUUGGAAAAAAAUAAAAAAUAGGUGUAAAAGCUGUUACAGUUACUAAAAGCUGGAGGUAGUAGUUUUUUCUCUUUCUUUAUUUUAACUCAAUUACCUUUCUGCUAUUUAUUUUUUUUCAUAUAAAACUUGUGAAGAAAUAAAUGCUACUUGAACUUUGUGUUUACUUAAUAUUCAGACAUUGUGUUUUAUUUAACUAAAAGUAAAAACUAGUGGAAAGUAAGAAAGAGUAAGAAAACAGUUUUGUUAUAAUUGUCUUUUCCUGAAAGUGUAUGUAGGGUUGAGUCUAAUAAUAAACAUCUAGUGUUUGUUGAAGACAAAUCAAAGGAUGUUUUAAAAAACCGUAAAAUAAUGAAGUACUGAUUUGGAUAAUGAUUGGUUUUAGUUUUGUAGCUUUUUUUUACAUCUAAUUUAUGGCGUUUAAUCACAUUUCAUUACCAAAUAAUAAAAUUUUUGUAAUUUUCUAGCAGUAAAACUAUUUUUUAGGGGGAAUUUGCCGAAACAAAACUUUGCUACCCUGUAAAUUUGCUUUGCCACUGUAAGAUAUAGUUAAAAACUAUACUGAGCAUAGAAUAAAUAUUUAAGAACUACAGAAUCCUUCCACAUUAGUUUAUAAUAUACGAAUGGUGAGUAUAUGGUAGUGUUCAGAAAUAUAUUUGGAUAAAUUUGAAUAUGUUAACUUGCCUGUUUUAUGUGUGUAUGUAUGUAUAUAUAUAUAUAUGUGUGUGUGUGUAUGGAGAUAAUGUGCAAAAUAUAAUAUUCUUUUUUUGUGUGCAAGUUUAUUAAUAAAGUUUAAUUAUGGAUACAUUUGUGAAUUUUUAUGUGCUAAUUUGAGUUAUUUCAUGAAGGUAUUAUAUUUAGUUACUGAUUGUGUUUCCAAAGUAAGUUACUGAGCAAUUGAAUAUAAUAUGUUUAGACAUUUUGAAUGUAGUUGCAUAUGUUGUAAGUAAUAAGUCAAAGGUUUUUCUUUAAGAAAAAUAAAGUUACCAAAAAAAAAAAGUAAAAUUAAUUUAAUUAAAUAAAAUGGGCUACAUCUGUGUUAAAUAAUUUUUUUAGUCCAUAAUUAAAGCUGUGAAUCUGUACAUUUCAUACUAGAUAUUUUUUUUACAUGACCUUACUAAGUGUUCUUUAGCUAACAAGUUGGUGAACUGAUUAUUCUGGAUAGAGGUCAUGAGGAACUUGUUAAGGCGUUGUGUCAACGUAUAUUUUGUUUGGCUAAAAACUUGGCUUAAGUCUAAAUUUAAAUUUACACAUUCUGUCGUAAAAUCUGUUACAAAAAUGAAAGAGUGAUAAUUUAGUGCUUACAGUACUUUUUUAUCAAUUUAUGUCAGCCAUUGACAUAUUGAUAUCAACGCCAUUAUAUAUGUACGGUGAAAAAAGUACAAUUGAAACAGUGCAAAAACUGAAAUUAAAAGUAGCCCGAAAUGAAAAUUU